AUGCCUACCAAUUCGCUGCUCAGUCAUGAAGAUACAACUAUUGGGGCAUAUAUUUUGAUACGGCUGGCCCAACUGGGCAUCAAGCAAGUCCAUGGCGUUCCAGGGGACUUCAAUCUCCGAUUUUUGGAUCUCAUUGAAGAUCACCCAGAUUUGGAUUGGGUAGGGUGUUGCAAUGAGCUGAAUGCAAGUUACGCCGCGGAUGGGUACGCUCGCGUCUCAAAAGCUGGCAUUGGAUGUCUGGUUACCACUUACGGGGUUGGAGAGCUUUCAGCGCUCAAUGGCGUAGCGGGAGCAUACGCGGAACAAGUUCCAAUCCUGCACAUUGCCGGAAUCCCCUCGUCAAAAAUGCAAGAGAACAAAGCGAUUGUGCAUCAUUCUCUGGGUGACAGCAACUUCGACACAUACGCGAAAAUAUCGGAUUUCGUGACUUGUGCUUCUUCGGCUCUCAAGACCCCAAAGGAUGCCCCUGAUGAGAUCGAUAGACUUUUGAAAGCCGCGCUCACCGAAUGUAGACCAGUUUACCUGAGUCUACCUCCCAACCUGGUUGAUGCCAAGAUUCCAGCUUCCAACUUGAAAAUCGAUCUGAGGCAAAAGGUUCAUGAAGAGUUACAACUUCAAAUCAACCCGAAGUUGGUUCCCGAGGUCCUUGCUCAGAUCAGUGAAUUAUAUCUGAAAGCUAAGAAGCCAAUGAUCUUGCUUGACAGAGGAUGCGAUGCCUUCAAAGUAUCAACCGAGGUCAUUAAACUGGCCGAAUCAAUUCAGAUCCCUGUCUAUACCACCUUAAUGGCCAAAACUGCUAUCGGAGUACAUCAUCCACUCUUUGGGGGAUUGUACAAAGGCGGUUCGUCUGAUAUACACAUCAAAGAGUAUGUUGAGAGCUCAGAUAUGGUAAUUUGGAUCGGUACUGUUGCUUCUGAUAGGAACACCUCGAGCGUUUCCUUCAACUUCAAGGCCUCAGAAAAAAUCGAGUUACACGCUUCACAUACUGUCGUUCGAGCCAAGGAAUAUCCGAGCAUUGGAUUCCGAACCUUACUCCCUCUGCUCACUCAGCGACUUUCCUCUUUACCUCACAAACAAAAGAGACAAAUUCGCGACUCCAACCCACCUGCGAAGAUUGCGAAGCAGGUGUCCAUGAAUGAAAUGAUCACUCAAGCCGAGUUUUGGCCUCUUUGGGCUGAAAACUUUUUUGAGCCUAAUGAUAUCGUUAUAGGUGAAUCUGGCACUGCUUCGUUCGCCUUACAGGACGUGGACUUUCCGGAUGGAGCCCAGUUAGUAUGCCAGAUGCUAUGGGCUAGUAUUGGUUGGUCUACUGGAGCCUGUUUGGGAAUGGCUCAAGCUGCACAAGAGCAGGGUAAACGUACAAUCUUGUUCAUCGGUGACGGCAGCCUUCAAGUCUCCGUCCAAGAGAUUAGUACUAUGAUACGGGCUGGAGUGAAGCCAAUCAUUGUAGUCAUCAACAAUGAUGGAUACGUGAUAGAGAGGUUUAUCCAUGGCAUGGAGCGUAAAUAUAAUGAUAUCCAACCUUGGAAAUGGACAGGAAUCUUAGAUCUCUUUGACCCUGAAAACACUACCCCAAAGGCUAAUUAUACGGCCGAAACUAGAAAAGAAUUUAUGGAUUUGUUCAAGAACCCUGAAUUUCGAAAAGCUGAUAGAAUUCAACUUGUUGAGGCUAAACUCGGCAGAGAAGAUGCACCAGACGGCUUAAUUCAGUGUAUCAAAGCCCUUCGCGAAAAAUGGGAGUGA